AACUUUAAUUUCUCGUCCGACAGUCUUGUAGUUGUGGUAGUCCAAAGUAACAAAAAAGCGCACCCUGCAGAUGACACUCUCGAUUGUCCAGAUUUUUUUGAACUUCUACCUGCAGACAUGGGCACUCGUAGGGUGCUAUGUUUACCGUUAUCGAAAUAUCUAUUUCUGCUACUAUCGUCUUUAUGACUGUUAUCCGGAGGGUCUUGGCGUAAAGGUGCUUCAAUGGAUGCGGUUGCCCCAUGCCAUCACAAGGAAACAACAGGAGUUAAAAGAGAUGCUGGACGAGUUUGACGAGUUUGACGGCCAAUCUUUUCCCCUAGCACUUGAUGACGGUCUCACCAUUUUUGACCGGCGGGUAGACAUUAGGUUCGACGUUGACGCAGAAUGGGCCUAUGGGAUCGACCUUGAUCACAAUAUCUUCGACAUAAACGGGAUACCAUUUUACUCCUUGGAAUGCCUGCCAAAAACAAAAGCUUUUCUUGAAGACAUUUCCGAAGACCAUUACCGCAACCUAGCUUGUUCACCAGAGUGUUCUCCUGAGAAUAGGUACAAGAGGCCAGCGGCGCCAAGACAUCGAUCUUUGGCUUGCACGAGCCCUGGCGCGGCUUUGAGCGACUUGCUCGGCAUCAGCGACAUCUUAUCUACAAAUGAGCAGGUCCGGGUCUCAUUGUUAGAGAUGAUCAUUGGGUGCUGCAUGUCCCACUCAGACCUUCAACUUGGCCAAUUAAUUCACGAAUUCGAGACCAUAUCCAAUCACAAUCAACUCACAGAUGUGGGAUGGUUUAAUGCCUCCGUUAUCAGCUUUGCAUUUGCUCCUCAGAUAUUCGAAGCGCCAUUCGCGUUGUUCCAUCCUCCCAAGCCAGAUAGAAAGGAAUGUGUAUGGGUUCGCAAAGACACCGUGGUUUGCUUCGCAAUGCAUUUAGACAACGAGAGAUGCCUGCAGGCCUCUGUAUCACGCUUGAUCGAAUCAAUUUUAGACCAACGGUAUGCUCCAGGCGAUUACUUUGGAGUUGCAUUCUCUGUUUCCCACUGUGCAAUUGUCAAAGUGGUAAAGGACAUACACACGACGUUUAGUCAUACCACUGCCCUCCAAUUUUUGCCGUCAUUCUUCGCAGUGUCUCCUUCUACGCCAGGAAUCACCGCUCUUGCUCGCCUUGGUUAUCGCAUUGACCCUGCACUCUUUGUGCGUGUCAUAAAGGUCUGGCGUGGGCACAAGGGAAUAGAUGCAUGGCGCAAAAAGUCCUUUGCUCGGGGGAUUAGCGGUGCACCACCCAGCAUUAGCUCUACACCGCUGCCCUUGGAACUUUGGCAAGAGAUCGCUUUUUAUCUUGAUCUACAAAACGUCCUCACACUGGGAUUGGUUUCAAAGCUAUGCCGUGAAGUGGCCUCGAUGGUACUACGCUAUCCCCAUGUCCUUGGUCAUCGCUUGGUCGCAGUUUCCAAAGAGAUUCCAAAGCAUCCGCUGCAAGCUGCCUCUUUCUCCGCUAUGUGGACUGGCAUUCCUGCCACUGUGUUUGUCGGGAAGGAGACAUGGGAAACUGAAAGCGGGGUUGCACGUUUUCCCCCACUAAACACCUGGCUUCAUCUUUCCGUUGCAGGCACACUCCAGCCUGACACUGAAGUGAAAAAGAAAAUCCGUAUUCCAAGAUCGUGUACUGCUAGUUGGUACAUGUACACGCUGCUCGAAAACGAUCGAAUUCAAUGCCAGUUUCUGCAUCGGAUCCAG